AUGGCGAUCACCAAAGGAGAGGAUGUUUAUGCUAGUCUUCUCUUGAAUGACGCAUACCUUCCCGGUGCUCUGGUUCUUGCGCACUCGCUGCGUGAUUCCGGCACCCACAAGAAGCUCGCUAUCUUGAUCACCCCCGAAAAUAUCUCCAAUGAGGUUGUGGAACAGCUUCAAACCGUUUACGACUAUGUCAUUCCCGUCGAAACCAUUCAAAAUGACCGACCGGCUAACCUGUUCCUCAUGAACCGCCCUGACCUGCACUCGGCCUUCACCAAGAUCAACCUCUGGAAGCAGACCCAGUUCCGCAAAAUCGUCUAUAUCGAUGCCGACGUUGUUGCUUACAGAGCUCCCGAUGAACUCUUCGACCUUCCUCACGCCUUCUCCGCCGCUCCCGAUAUCGGUUGGCCCGACCUAUUCAACACUGGUGUCAUGGUCUUGUCUCCCAACAUGGGUGAUUACUACGCCAUGUUGGCUAUGGCCGAGAGGGGAAUUUCUUUCGACGGUGCCGACCAGGGCCUCUUGAACAUGCAUUUCAGGAACACCUAUAACCGCCUCAGCUUCACCUACAAUGUCACGCCCUCCGCCCACUACCAGUACAUCCCGGCCUACAAGCACUUUCAAUCGAGCAUCAAUUUGCUUCACUUCAUUGGCUCAGAGAAACCGUGGGUUCAGGGUCGCACCCAGACCACCGGGAGCAGCACCUACGACGAGAUGAUCGGUAGAUGGUGGGCUGUUUAUGAUCGCCACUACCGCGGCAACUCGAACAAGACUACCGACGUUGUCCAGAAGUUCGUAAAGGGUGAGCAACAACAACAACAACAACAACAACAACAACAACAACAACAGCGCAACGUUUCUUUCCAACUCCCUCCCAGCCAGAGCCAUAAGACGCAGAGCCACCAAACGCAGAGCCAGUAUACCCAUAGCACCUACACCAGUCACGGAGCAUCCUGGGAUGCUUCAAGACACUCUCCUCCGGCUGGCUCCAAGCCAGAAGCUGCCAACUUCCCACAGACGCACUAUACGAUGUCCUCCAACACUCAACAGUUCGUCCCACCUGCGCGGUAUCCCAGUCCGCCCAAGGAUAUGUGGUACAAGGUGCCCGAGGCGGCGCCCACUCAAAAGCCCGCCCCAAUCUUCCCCUGGGAGAAACAAGCACCCGAACCCACUAGGGUUUUCCCGGAACCACCUCCUGAGCAGGGAAAGCUCUCGGUUGCGUCAACUGCGACGCCGUCCGCUGCGGCGUCAGCUACAGCAUCGCCCACCCUUGAGCCGAAGAGCGAGGCUGUCACCCCAACAACCCCCGCAAGUGCUAACGCCUGGACCUCUUUCACAACUAGAGGAAAUGCGUGGGAUGAUGUACCCGAAAUCAACCGCUAUGUGGACGCUUUGCAGAAGCACCGCCGCUCCGGAAGCAAGGGCUCAGCAGCGGCCACGUCAAGACCGACCAGUCCUGGUCGCGCUCAGAGCAGAUCUAGGAAGAGCUCUAGGGUGACUGACUUCCCGACUGAGGAUGACCGUCCAAGUCUUCCUGUCACCCCCGCGCCCAUCCAAGGACCGAGAUCCUCGAGAGGUGAGAAUGAGCGGCAGUUCCCUGCUGCCGCCGGCGUACCAGCGCAAUCCGAAUGGAAUCCCGCAGUCCAGCUUGAGAAGCUGGCGAUACACCAGCAAGAAACGUUGCAGAAGCUCGGUGAGCGUCCUGCUUUUGGUGGAUUAGCAAUUGGGACAGCGGGUAAAGAGAUCCCGGCUCGCGCACUUCCCUUUGGGUCCGAAGAUGCAAGAUCGCCAACUUAUGUUACCCAGUACCCGUCGGUGCUUAGUCCGAAGCCCUUGAGAGCGAACACAACCGGAACGAACUCGGUACGCAGAAUCUUGACGAUUGACGAAGAGGGAGGGGACGUGCCGCUGACGACUACCGAGAAAAAGACCCCGAGCCCGCUGCCGACGCAGCCAAGCGUGACCACCGCCCCACCGAGCUAUCAGGGACCAGGUGUGGCUUUUGAGAAAGGGGAAGACUUCCCGACUCAUGAGACGCCUGCGCUUCCGACGGAGGAGGAGAGAGAUGUCCUUGAGACGUAG